UUUACUGAUCGUAAUCUCCGCCAUGGACCAUUCAUUCUGAUGCUUACCGACCUCCAUCAAAGCAAUAUUUUCGUCAACAGCGACUGGCACAUCACAGCGAUAAUUGAUCUUGAGUGGGCAUGUAUUCUACCAAUAGAGAUGCAACAUCCACCAUAUUGGUUGACCGGGACAUCGAUAGAUAGACUCGUUAGAGAAGAAUUCGAAGCUUUUAGGAGCGUACAUGCAGAGUUCAUGGCAGCCUUUGAAAGGGAAGAGCGGUCAUUUGGAAAGGACGAUAUUCUACACUCCCAGAUCAUGCGCAAGGGCUGGGAAAUCGGAAAUUUCUGGUACUUCUCUGCGUUAGACUGUCUGAACGGGCUAUACAGUCUCUACAUGUCACAUAUUCAGAGGAUAUUUGCC